UAGAUCCGACUGGCGUAACGUUUCUUAUCAAAUUUCUCCUUUGUACUUUUGAGACCGAAGAGUUUGGGCGGCACAGUGAAGAGGGUGGAGAAAGUGAGGAAGGUGGAUAUGAGGACGUUGUUUUUACGUUUGCUUCCCACUUUCUCCCACUUCAAGCGACUGCAGGCGACGAUGGCCACACACGUUGUGCUGAACACGGGCGCCAAAAUGCCGAUCAUCGGGCUCGGGACGUGGAAGUCUCCUCCUGGUCAAGUUAAAGCAGCCAUAAAAGAAGCAAUCAGUGUAGGCUACCGUCAUAUUGACUGUGCCUAUAUCUAUGAAAACGAAGAAGAAGUUGGAGAAGGCAUGCAGGAAAAGAUCAAAGAUGGAACUGUGAAAAGGGAGGAGCUCUUUGUUGUCAGCAAGCUCUGGAGCACAUUCCAUGUGAAGUCCAUGGUGAGAAAAGCUUGUGAGAAGUCUCUGUCUGACCUAAAACUCAGUUACAUGGAUCUUUACCUUAUGCACAAGCCCAUGGGAUAUAAGGCUGGUGAUGUCCUUUUUCCAUUUGAUGACAAAGGCUUGGUCAUCCCAGACAAUACAAACUUCCUAGACACCUGGGAGGCUUUGGAAGAGCUCGUGGAUGCUGGUUUGGUGAAGGCGAUUGGCAUUUCCAAUUUCAACCACAAACAAAUUGAAGCAAUCUUAAACAAGCCGGGUCUGAAAUAUAAACCAGCAGUGAAUCAGGUUGAGUGUCAUCCAUAUCUGACACAAGAGAAACUGAUCAACUACUGCCAGUCAAAGGGGAUCUGUGUCACAGCGUACAGCCCUCUGGCUUCACCAGAUAGACCAUGGGCAAAACCAGAAGACCCUUCCUUACUACAGGAUCCUAAAAUCAAGGCCAUUGCUCAAAAACAUAAAAAAACUUCAGCACAGGUUCUGAUUCGCUUCCACAUUCAAAGAAAUGUUGUUGUCAUUCCGAAAUCUGUGACUCCUAGUCGCAUUGCAGAGAAUUUCAAGAUUUUUGAUUUUGAACUAAGUAAGGAGGAAAUGAAUGUUAUCUUGAGCUUCAACAGGAACUGGAGGGCGCUGCCAAUGGAAUGGGGCGUGAAGCACAAAGAUUACCCUUUUCGUGAAGAAUACUAAGGAAGCUGUGAUUUACCUGAAGGAGAAACAAUAAGCUCAUGCUUUGUGGUUUAUAGAUAAGCAUGCAUUUAUUUAUUUGCUUUACCCUAAUAAAUACCUACAGUAUGUUUAUUAAAAAAAAGAUUCAUAUAUCUUACACAUAUCUAAUUUUUUAAAAAAAAGGAUGUAUAAGAGAAUUAGUGGGUGUAUUGUAGUUUGGUCAAAACAGACAUUUGCUUGGUUUUAAACCUUCGUCAGAUCUUUUAGUACUUUUAUCUUUAGUCAUCUGAAAGAUGGAAACUGCUUCUGCUAUUUGUAAUUAUUAUCGAUACAGGUGUAAAGUACAAAUACAUUUUAGGAUGUAAUCAUUCUUUAUUUUUCAACUUGCAGAUCAUAUAUACAAUCAAUGGCAUUUUGUAUUCCAAAAUAAAAACUCUUCCAUCUAGCUUGUUUACAUCUGUUGUAUAUUCUCUGCUACUUCUAUUAAACAUUCAAUAAUCAA